AUGGCCCUACAGCAGGCACAUUCCCAUACCGAUCCUGCAGAUACAAAAGAUUGCCUAACAGCUCCUAAACCGGGCUGCUAUGUUCCUGCAGUGACUUUCUUCGAUCCUGAUACGGAUCAACUCUGUCUCGACGCUCAAGCCAAGUAUUCCUAUCUGGCAAGCACGGGUCUCUCUUGGCUUGUCAUACUAGGCACUAAUGCAGAGACAUUCCUUUUGACAAGUGAGGAGCGCAUGACUCUGCUCGGGCUAGCACGGAGAUCUGUUCCGAAGGGAUACCCUAUCAUUGCUGGAGUUAGUGGCCAUUCGACGGCACAGGUGCUCGAGCUCAUUAGCGACGCAUACAAUGCCAGUGCCAACUAUGCACUGGUUCUACCUUGCGCGUACUUUGGCAAACAGACAACUUCAGCUGUCGUCCGAAGCUUUUACAAAGAGGUGGCCUCAGUUUCUUCGCUGCCAAUCAUCAUCUACAACUUUCCGGCAGUCUGUAACGGCCUGGACCUCGACGCCAACAUCAUUACGGACAUUGUAAAGGAAGCCCCCAAUGUGAUCGAUUCCCAGUCUCCCGUUUCGCAGUGGUGCGGUGGUCAGUCAGAUUUCCUAUUCGGUGGCCUUGCUUCUGGGAGUGCAGGAUGCAUAGCUGCCUUUGGAAAUGUCUUCCCAAAAGCUGUGAUCAGGAUCUAUGAACUAUGGGCCGGUGGCCAACAUGACGAAGCUCUCGCACUUCAGAAGUUAGUGGCAUCGGCCGAGACUGCCACCAAGGCGGGCAUUGCGAGUACCAAAUAUGCUGCUGCGGAUUUUACGGCUCCGAAGGCGGGCAUUUCUGAUGGUGUGCGGUUGCUCAAACCUCGAAGGCCGUACAAAGAACCAUCCGAUGCAGUAAAAAGGUCAAUCCAGACUGUGAUGGAGGUGUUGCAUCGAGAAGAAUAA